AUGUGGAUCAAUUGCAUUGCUUCAGAAGGCAAGCGAAAGGUCUCAAGCUUGAGCAAAGUUACGACACAGCUGCCCUGGGAGCGCGGCCACGAGCCCGGCCACGAGCGCGGCCAGGAGCACCGCGCCGCCACACAGAACUUUUUUCCACCCGAUGACCUCCUUCAGUCUCCAAAGCUAAGACCCUCUCAAGGAAUGCCAGUCAGUGACGAGUUAUUCUUUAGUAGAAAAAGACCCUCAAGGAAUUUAUUUCAGAGCAGUGUAGAUCUGAGCUCGGAACAUUCUUCUCUUUGUGCUGGUGCUAUGGGCUCCCAUCAGCCGCCUAUUUCAGGGAAAUGUGGACAACUUGGCCGCACACAGAUGUACGGGAAGAGUGGUAGUGUGGACUCUGAUUUACAGUUUUUAGGAUUAGAUAAUGCUCAGCAAGAGAAAGGAGUCGUCGGCGAGGCGGGUGACCCGAAGCGCUGCUCCCCCGUUGCUUGCUCAGGGCGCUGCAGCGUGCGCGUGCCCGGCGAGGCGGCGAGGGCGCCGUGCAGCGCGGCGGCCGCGCGGGGCUCGCCGGGCGCCUUGGCGCUGCCCUCGUGCGCGCCCGGCCGGCCGCGGGACACGGCCCGCAGCCUCUCGCUCUCGUGGCCGCUGCAGAGCUUCGAGGGGCUGCCCAGGCCCGGCCCGCAGAAGCAGCAGCCGGGAGGCAGCGCAGGGGCCGUGCCGCCGGCCGGGCCGCCCGCGCUGCCGCUGAAGCCGGCGCUGGUGCGACGCGCGGCGGCGCCGCGGGGCCUGCCCGUGCCCGCCGUGCCGCGUGCCGCCCCGCGCCUCCCCGCCACCGCCACCGGCACCGCGCUGGCAGCGCAGCUCGCCGCCCUCAGCCUCCGCGAGCAGGAGCUCGACCCCCACGAGAUGCAGAGCUCCCUCCGAUCCGUGCGGAACAGCGCAGCUAAGAAGAGGGCGAAGCUGAGCAGCAGCAUCUCAGACCUGGAGAGUCCCGAUUCCGCCCUCAAGCCCCAUCUCCCCGGGGACUCUGGUUCCCGCGCGUCCUCCCCGAGCGCCAGCUCCUGCAGCGAGAGCGGCCUCUGCGGCCGCGAGGCUCGGGCCUCGCCGGUGGCCGCGGCGCCUCCCMGGAGGAGGGUGAUGUCAGACACCUUCCCUCUACUUGGCAGCAAAUUACAGCCCCCUAGGAUAUCUUCAGCAAGAAGCAGAGAGACUAAUGGGCCAGAACAGACCUCCAGCACAGGACUAAUGUUUCAUAAUAAAGAGAUCUCGAAUGUCAGCAUAGUUGACCAGCAUUUGAGAUGUGGCAAUGGAUGUGAUGAUUUUGAAGACAAGAAGCAAAGUGAAGUGUCACCUACUAUUUUUAAAAGACAAAACACAGAACACCAAAGAAAUUUUAGGCAUUCAAAAGGUUUUACAGGGUCAACUUCUAGUUUUCAACAAACGAACAGCCUAGAUUUCAUUUCACCAAGGGUCUUGCCAGAAGAUUCAGUAGCAGUUGUCGGUAAAGGUGUUUUUGGGAGCUCUUCCACGCUACCGUGUGGCCGCUCCGUAGCGCGUGUGGAGAGCGGGGUUGAGCAGGCUGUGAAAGCAGGCCCUGAGCCGUCGCCGGGGGCCGGUGCGAGAGGCCUCUGGCAGAGCAGCGCUGCCCUUCUCCACGGGGAAGACGAAAAAGGGAUAAAAGUUGCCAUGUCAAAAUCUGCCCAGGAUAAGAUGAGGCAGAAGAAAAAAGAAGAAAGGGAACAAAAUCACAAGGAACAACACAAAGUUAAAGACCUCAAAGUAAAAGAAGAAAAUCCCUGGGCAACAAUCAAGAUGAAUGAACCAGAGAAAAUGACAAUAGAAAAUUUUUAUGGAGAUACAUUGGCAUCAUCAAGAGGUGAAUCUUCGCCAUUAGAAAACAUUGUCUUGAGCCCUUCAUUAAAAAGAACAUCCAGUUUGAAGAAGACACAAUGUUCAGCCAUGCUGGAUGCUGAUGAAGUUUCUCCUGGGGCACGAGGGCAGUAUAAAGACCGGACCCCAUCGGUCACUCACAGUCCGGAAAUAAUGGAUCCAUCUGAGUUGCAGCCCUUCUCCAAACCCGAAACAGCUCUCACAGAAGCGCUAAGACUUUUAGCUGAUGAUGACUGGGAGAAGAAAAUUGAAGGCUUGAACUUUGUGAGAUGUUUGUCUGCCUACCACGCGGAUAUUCUGACUGUAAAACUGCAUGAAACAAGUUUGGCUGUGGCUCAAGAGGUCAAGAAUUUACGCUCAGGUGUUUCUCGAGCUGCUGUGGUCUGUUUAGGGGAUUUGUUCACCUACCUGAAAAAGAACAUGGAUCAAGAACUAGAUAAUACAGUAAAAGUCCUGUUGCACAAAGCUGGUGAAUCCAACACAUUUAUAAGGGAAGAUGUAGACAAAGCACUGAAGGCUAUGGUUAAUAACGUGACUCCAGCACGUGCACUUUGUUCUCUGAUAAAUGGAGGGCAAAGCCACCUGCACACGGCGGUGAGGAGAUGCACAGCCCAGCACCUCGCGGAUGUCGUGGAGCGCAUGGGCCCUGCGCGGGUGCUCUCUGGAGCCAAGGAUGUCACCGACAGGAUCUUGGCUGCCACAGCCCGGUUUGCGCAGGACGGCUCCCAGGAAACCAGGUAUUAUGGGCGAAAGAUGCUCUUCAGUAUGAUGACUCAUCCUGAUUUUGAUAAAAUGCUUGAGAAGUAUGUGCCAGCCAAGGACUUGCCUUACAUUAAGGAGUGUGUUAGCAAUCUGCGUCAAAAGGGUCUGGGGGAGAUGCCAUUAGAUACCCCCUCAGCAAAAGGAAGACGUUCCCAUACCAGUAGUGUUGGACAUUCGAGGUCAUCCUCUACUUCCAGAGAUGCUGUCAACCCCAGUGAGAGAGAGUCUGUAGAAGCUCGUGAAGUUCCAAGAAAAACAGUUCCUCAUAAUUCACUAGAAACUGCGGAAUAUGUUAAAGUCAUUACAGAUUUAUUGAAUGCAAAAGACUUUCGUGAUCGAAUAAAUGGAAUUAAGCAGCUGUUAUCAGAUACAGAGAACAAUCAGGACCUUGUUGUUGCAAACAUUGUGAAGAUCUUUGACGCUUUCAAGUCUCGCUUGCAUGACUCCAAUAGUAAAGUGAAUCAGGUGGCUUUGGAGACCAUGCACAAGAUGAUUCCAUUGCUGAAAGACAACUUAUCACCUGUGAUCAAUAUGCUCAUUCCUGCCAUGGUAGACAACAACCUGAACUCCAAAAAUCCAGGGAUUUAUGCAGCUGUCACAAAUGUUAUUCAGGCUCUAUGUCAACACUUAGACAACUACCUGCUUCUCCAGCCAUUUUGCACAAAAGCCCAGUUUCUGAAUGGAAAAGCGAAACAGGACAUGACAGAAAAGCUUGCUGAUCUGGUGACGGAGCUGUACCCGCGGAGGCCGCACGCCGUGGAGCAGAAGGUGCUGGCCGUGCUGUGGCACCUGCUGGGCAGCGCGGGCGGCGGCGGCUCGCCGUGCGGCACCGGCGCCAGCCUCCGCGCCGCCACGGCCAAGCUGUGCAGRGCGCUCUCGGCGCAGAUGGGCGCCAGCCUGCUGGCGCACGCCGCCUCCCAGCCGCCGCACAUCCAGAGGAGCUUGGAGGAGGUCCUGGAGAUGGGCACGUAGAGCGGCCGGAGCCGUGCCCCGCUGCCGAGGGCAGAGCCGGCCCCGCGCGCAGCCCUGCCGCCCAUGGGACGUUUGUAACGAAUAACACACGCUGUUUGUUUUUAAUUGCAUAAUCACGUUUCGACAUGUUGCCUUAUGCCUGUUAAAUGCAMGAGGAAUGCUGCAGAGGGCGGUGAGGAGGGACGAUUUGCGGGAAAAGGUGUAUUUUUGUGUUUCACUCCCCCCUUCCACCUCUGGGCAGUUGCUGCGUCGCCUGCUCCCUCGGGAGCCCCUCAGGA